AUGUCUCGUUCAACAGACCCAGGUCAUUUCUUCCAGACUGAUGCUUCAGAGGCCACAAGAGCAAGGAGAGCUGCCAAAUCUGGAAAUAAAAAUGGAAACCCCAUUGUGCUCCAGUCCAAGAUCCUGAGCGCAAUCGUGGACCCCUUCUCGACUUCGUGCAUUUACAUUGCAGAGAGCGCUGGAUGUGUGCGAAAAAUCGACAUAGCAGUAGGUAGGACGCGAACUAUCAAGACUAAGACAAGAGGUAGACUAAUCGUUUCCAGUCUAGAGACACCAAGACAGUUUACAGAGGUCCAACAGCUCCUGUUACAUCCGUUGCAAUUGGAGGUCGAGGAGGAAAUACUCUAUUCGCAGGAUGUUGGGAUAAAGAUAUCUGGACCUGGGAUAAGGAUAGCAGAACCGCUGGUCCAAGAUACCAAGGCCAUUCUGACUUUGUCAAGGCAGUUAUAUGUACAAAAAUCCAAGGCAAGGAUGUAAGUAGUCUCGUCUGAUUUCACUAUUUCCUUGGCUAAUGAAUGGUGCGGCUAGUGUCUAAUAUCUGGCGGUGCAGAUGCCAAAAUCAUGGUUUGGGAUACCACUACUGCUGAACGUUUAUAUACGAUCCGGGACAAGAGCGAUAGCAUGAUGGCGAUUCAAGACCUCGCUGUCGAUACCGAAUCAUCCAGCGAUUCUGAGAUCAUUUUGGUAUCCUCCAGCAGCGACCCUCAUAUUAGGCGUUGGCGGUUGGACUUGUCAUCUGGUACUCAAAUUAUUGACACUGUUGAUGCAACACCUACUCAGGGCAAGCAACCAAAGGAUACCAUUCUUGAGCACGAAACAAGUGUUUACAAAGUCGCAUUUUGGGGCGAUGACGAGGACUCAGAUCUAUGGACAGCAAGUGCUGAUGGAAGUGCCAAGUGCUUGUCCAGAGUACGGAACUGGAGCGCAGAAGAGACCUAUGUUCAUGGGGAUUACGUACGGGCAGUGGUCGUUACCAAUGACUGGGCUGUGACCGCUGGACGAGACGAGGACCUAAAAGUAUGGAACCGAGCAACGGGUAAAUUGUGGCACACCUAUGACGGUCACUACGAGGAAGUGACAGGUCUAGUACUCUUGAAUGAGAAACAGGUUGUCAGCAUCAGUAUCGAUGGUACGGUCCGAUGUUGGGACUUGCAAAAGGCUGCCCUGGAAAUUGCUAGAAAAGAAAGAGAAGAGAAACAAAAGCGCGAAGUGAAGGAGGAAAAGAAUGUCCUAAAGAAAGGUUUGAUGACUGAGGAGGAGGAAGCAGAACUCGCCGAGUUGAUGGACUCCGAUGAUGAUUGAGAAUCUAGUAAGGCUGUGUCUCGGGAAAUUGUUGAUCAGAAUGGGGCUCUAAAACGUCCACGGUAUUACCAAGACACGAACCUCGCUUGUUCCCGGAACGUGGAAACCAUGCGAUAUUCCGUAGUAAGAUAUUCCCUUGAAUUUUUGAUGCAGUGGUCCCCGAUUCAAUUCUAUUUCAUUGUGGUCAGUGAUGGGUUGCAGUUCCGAUUACGAUCGCAAAUCUGAGUAUCUGACUUUUUUUACGCGUCAAGCCCAAUUCAGAGGACCUUAGGUGAGUUUGCUCCCUCCCGGGUUGUCUUCUUAAAUCAUGGCACAUGCUCAUCAACUUUUUACACUUGCCUUCCUCAGUUUCCUCAUAUGGGACAGCUCCUCGCGCUCGGAGCCGUUCAUGAUGCUAGUAUCCGCCCACGCCAAAUUAGAACCAUUCCAUGGUUCGUCGCAACAGCUUUCAAAGACAUGAUAAUCCAAUCGUUUGCUAGCCUCCGCGGGGGGUCCCUCUAGAGACGGACAUAAUCCAAUCUAACUGGUUGGAUAUCGAUGUAAGACUUUCUCGGAAAAAACAAACACAAGUUCAUAUUUCAAC